AUGUCAGCUCAAAUCAGUCGUACCAAUACCUCCGACCUCCAAGCGAGUCAGUAUGAUGGGCAGAUCAGGCUGCUUGAUAGCACAGGAGCAGACGUGGAUGAUGGCGCAGCACUAGAACCGGGCGAGAGCUGGAGAAGGUUGGCACGAAACCCCACGAGGACCUCAGUAAAAGAGCAGUUGUCGAGGCGAAAAUAUGCUAGCUGGCGCAGGGACAAAUUUGGUAAUGAUGUCGAUGAUAGUAAUGCCAGCAGGGAGGCAGAUGCAGGAGCAGCCACGGCGGGGAAGACAAACAAAACACAAGCAGCUGUUACGGAAGUACACCCCGAGAAUGAAGAGUCACAAACUGUUGAUUUUGGAGCACAACCAAGCACUUCUGACGUGGCUGAUCAGGCUAAACCGAAUCAACCCAUGACCAUUCCAAAGCGAUCCGAGAAACCAGACCAACAGGUUGAUAUACUGUAUGAGAAUCAACGAGGGUCAUUCUUUUGUGGCAUACCACUAUAUUCACACUCAUCUCUGCUCAACUUCGAUCCUGCCGCUUGGGUUACCAGAGAUUUCAAGAAUUCGCCUGUAAAUAUUACAAACGCGCAGGUCCCAGACCCCAGCUGGAUGUGGGCAUGGAAGACGUGGUACGUGGACAUGAGUGCAGAUGUCGAUGAGGAAGGCUGGCAGUACUCCUUCAUGUUUGGCAAGAACUUUUCUUGGCAUGGCACGCAUCCCUGGUUCCAUUCAUUCGUGCGGAGGCGGCGAUGGCUGAGAAAACGUGUCAAGAGGUCAGACAAGGCAGCGCGAAAGGAAGGGGAUGCAUCUCUAGAAGGUGGCCAUCACCUGAAUGCUGACUAUUUUACGAUACAUUCGAGACCAAGAGAGCGCAGUCCUGUUGGUGAUUCCACAAAUCCAGAAGCACGUCUUGCGCGACCAGUGAGCUUUGCCAGUCAUGGUACUUCGGACCAAGAGGUAGCAAAGACGGAAGAGAUGAAAGACGUUCCGUCAUUGAUGAAAGCCAUCAAGUUGUCUACAAUCGAUCGAGAAAAGGUUGACGCACUGAAGCAGUUCGUCUCCACGGCGGGCGAAGAGAUAUUGUACCUCUCAGAGAAGAUACCUGAAAUCAUGUCAAGUCUGGUCUUCCAAAACUCGAAACGACAGAUCCUGCAAUACCUAAAAGACCAGGCAGAAUCAGCGCAGCAGCAUCGAGAACAACACGACGCCGAAGAUCGUCCGGAGGGCGAUGAGGAGAAGCGACGGAUAGACAACCUCCUUAAAGCUGCAGAAGCUGCCAAUCAAGAGAUACAGGGUCUUGAAUACUGGAGCGAUCGCAAACACGUGCUUCAGACUGAAGACGAACUAGAUGUGGAUGACAUACAACAGAGUCGCGAAGGUGUUGGUGAGAUAAAAGGCAUUUCUGAAAAGGCGGAAAUCACGGCUCAUGUAAGAGUUGACCGUCGCUUGAAUGUGAAGGGUAAAGAAGCAGAACGUUCGAACGACGACGAAAGCAAGGAGAAAGAGGACUUGAAGGCAGAGCCUCAUAUCAUAGGGGACUCUCUAGUCAUUCCUGACAAAGGUGACGACGAUGACGACGACAACAAGUCAGUGGAUGAAGAUGCAUGGAAGGGGAAUGGGCAGCCAAUAUACCUUUAG